CAUCAAAUUCUGAAGUGUGUUCUCGGAGAAGAAGAAAGAAGCAGAGCAUGAGAAAAUCACCGAGUUAACUCAGUAAAGUGAUUCCAUGAAGGAAAAGAGCGAAUGCUUCGAGUGUCUUCAACUCAGAAUCAACUCAGAUUUCUCCGAUCAACUCGUCUUCAAUUAUGCAAUCUCCAACUCCCCUUUUCCUUUCGGAUCCUCUGCUAUUCUCCAUAUUACUAGUUCAGAAGAUGGGGAAGCUCCAAGUGGUCAAUUCAUAUUGCAGUACAUGUCUAGCCAUCACAACAACUGUUUUACCAAUUAUGUAAAUCAAUAUAUCUUGGAUAGUAAUGAAAACACCAAGAGUGAUGAUCUUGAUGUCAGUCAUGGUGGAAAUGGAUUUACGACUUGUAAUCAUUCUGGAAGGUUUUCUUGCUCGAGGACAAUUUCUGGAAUUGCACCGAUUGCUUGUGUCGGAAAGUCUUCAUAUUCUAUACUUCAACAGGUUGCCAAUGAUUUCUUGUCCGGGUUAACUGAAGAUCAUGUAUUAAAAUCACUUGAUCUCUUCGUUGAAGGGAAAGCAUCUGGACGAGACAGUACGAAUUUCCUUAGUUUAAUUGGGUUUCCGUCAUUUGAAGAAAAUAAUUUUCCUGGCUCUUUGAGGCAUCCAAACAUAGCUCCUGUACUUGCAAUUUUGAAAACAUCUGGUUACACUAACAUGGUGCUUCCAAAGACUCAAUACAACUUAGAAAGUAUUCUUCAUUUCAACCCCAACGCCUUAAAGUCUGAUUGGCAUAGAAGGUUUCUUAUAUAUCAGCUACUAUCCGCCUUAUUGUACUUGCAUGGUUUAGGGGUUUCCCAUGGUAAUAUAUGUCCGUCCAAUAUCAUGUUGACUGACUCGUUAUGGUCUUGGCUUAGAUUAUGGAAUGAACCUGUACUGGAAUCUAAAUUAACUUUGCAAGAGAGUGAAAGUGUAAAAUCAAAACCUGCAAAAAUAGGUUGUUGUAAUGAUGGUUGUCAUUCGAAUGAUCUUUAUGCUGAUCUAAAGCUUUCUCCAUUAAUUGAUUGGCAUUCUAGCUUUCAUCAGUGGUGGAAAGGAGAACUAAGUAAUUUUGAGUAUUUACUCAUCUUAAACAGAUUAGCAGGAAGGAGGUGGGGGGACCAUACAUUUCAUCCAGUAAUGCCUUGGGUUGUUGAUUUUAGCUCAAAACCAGAUGAUAAUUGUGAUGUAGGGUGGCGAGACUUAAGCAAGAGCAAAUGGCGCUUGGCAAAAGGUGAUGAACAGUUGGAUUUCACCUAUUCAACAUCUGAAAUCCCUCAUCAUGUAUCAGAUGAAUGUCUGUCUGAACUGGCUGUCUGCAGCUAUAAAGCAAGAAGGUUGCCUCUAAGUGUUCUUCGAAUGGCUGUUCGUUCAGUGUAUGAACCUAAUGAAUAUCCUUCCUCAAUGCAGAGACUCUAUCAAUGGACGCCUGAUGAAUGCAUUCCAGAGUUUUAUUGUGACCCCCAAAUUUUUAGCUCAGUACAUGAUGGUAUGGCUGAUUUGGCUACACCUUCUUGGGCAGAGAGCCCUGAGGAUUUCAUUAAAUUGCAUCGUGAUGCAUUGGAAAGUAAUAGGGUGUCGUUUCAACUACAUCACUGGAUAGAUAUAAUCUUUGGGUACAAAAUGUCUGGCGAGGCCGCAAUUGUUGCCAAGAAUGUUAUGCUUACUCAAUCAGAAUCCACAAUGCCAAGAUCAACAGGACGUCGUCAGCUCUUUAUGCGGCCACACCCUAUUCGCCACGCCACUGCAAAAAUAACACGUAAUGGGUCUAAUAAAUAUGCCAAAGUUUUGACCCAAACAAAUGAAAUGCAGCGAGAGACAUCUCUUCUAUCUGAAACUGCGUAUCUACAAGAAUUGGAACAAGCAUCUGCAUUUUCGGAACAUGCUAGGCAUUUGAAUGCUUGCUACCGUUACCCAUUAAAUCAAAUGAAAAGGAAGAACAUCUCAUCCCUGGGAGAUCCAACCACAGGGACAUUCACUAAAAAUAUAAGCGAUGUAUCUUUCAUUGACAAAAAUUAUCGGCUGCCGAAUAAAAUGAACCAUAUAUCUUUUCUUCAACAUAUGAAAGAGGAAGAUGAAGGCUUUUCAGGAUAUCCAGACUUGCUUCUCUGGAGGCAGAAAUUGUCUUCUUCAAGACUUGCCUCUGAAGAUAUUGCAAGGGACAUAUUUUCUGUCGGCUGUCUCUUGGCAGAACUUCAUCUUUGCAGACCGCUAUUUGAUUCAAUCUCAUUGGAAAUAUACUUGGAGGAUGGAACAUUACCAGGAUUUCUGCAGGAACUACCUCCUCAUGUUAGAAUACUUGUUGAAGCAUGCAUCCAAAAGGAUUGGAUGAGGAGGCCAUCGGCCAAAAUUCUUCUGGAUUCACCUUAUUUUCCGAAAACAAUCAAGUCCUCCUACUUGUUUCUUGCUCCACUUCAGCUUGUUGCUAAAGAUGAAUCUCGUCUUCAUUUUGCUGCAAAUCUUGCAAAGCAGGGAGCUCUCAGGCAAAUGGGUACAUUUGCAACUGAAAUGUGUGCUACUUACUGCUUACCACUUAUAGUGAAUGUUGCGAGUGAUACUGAAGCUGAAUGGGCGUACAUACUACUAAAGGAAUUGAUGAAAUGCUUAACAGCACAAACAGUGAAAAUAUUAAUAUUGCCAACCAUACAGAAAAUUUUACAGAACACAGGUUAUUUACAUUUGAAGGUUUCCCUUUUACAAGAUUCAUUUGUGCGCGAAAUAUGGAACCGAGUUGGCAAACAGGCAUACCUGGAAACUAUUCACCCGUUGGUCUUAUCAAACUUGUAUAUUUCUCCGGAUAAAAAUUCAGCUGCAUCUGCUUCGGUGCUACUAAUUGGUUCUAGUGAGGAGAUUGGUGUACCAAUUACCAUAAAUCAGACUAUUUUGCCCCUUGUUCACUGCUUUGGGAAAGGACUAUGUGUAGAUGGCAUUGAUGUGCUGGUCAGAAUUGGGGGUAUUUUUGGGGAAUCCUUUAUUGUUAAACAGAUGCUACCAUUACUGAAAAAUGUUGUCCGAUCAUUCAUUGACGUGUCAUUCGUGAAUAAGCCUGAUCCUGUCCAGAGUUGGAGUUCUUUAGCACUUAUUGAUUGUAUGAUGACUUUAGAUGGCCUUGUAGCUUUCUUGACAGAAGAAGUCAUUGUAAAGGAGCUGCUUGAAGACAUAAGUUGCAUACACGUUGGGGUUCUUAUGCAGAAACAUAUGGAAAUUACUGUGCUUCAGGUUGCUGCUAAUACUCUCUUUGGAAUUUGUCAGCGGAUUGGAGCAGAUUUGACGGCAUUGCAUAUUCUUCCAAAACUUAAAGAACUGUUUGAUGAGCUUGCUUUCUCCCAGGAAAUUUCUAAAGGUUCGACUGCUGUCAGCAGAAACUCGAAGGUUACCAAAUUAAAAAUUGGAGGGGACUUCCAAAUUGAGAGUCGCAUGGAUCUAGUGUUGCUUCUCUAUACCUUGUUUGCAUCUCUUCUUGGGAUAGAGAAACUUCGUCAAUGUUGUGCUACAUGGUUACUUCUUGAACAACUACUUCUACGCCGUCAUAACUGGAAGUGGGAAUAUGCAGGAGAAUCAUCAAGAAAUAGCUCAGAAAGUAACAUUGCUAAAAGACCUGCAAUUGCCCAGGGAUUCACAUCUGAAUACAAUCCAGCAAAGUUGUUGCUUAAUGGGGUUGGAUGGUCAAUUCCACAAUCCCAGGGAAGUAGAGGUGCCAAAAAUUUGAUUCAGAGAAGACCAUUUAAAGUUCAUCAAAGCCUAGUAGUAAUGCAAGAAGGAAUGUCAAACCAAGUGAACCAUGAACCAUGGUUUUGGUUCCCUAGUCCAGCCACCAACUGGGAUGGGCCUGCAUUUCUUGGGCGGGUGGGAAUUCAAAAAGAUGACCUUCCAUGGAAAAUCAGAGCAUCUGUAAGCUACUCUAUACGUGCCCAUCAUGGAGCGGUGAGGUCUCUGGCUGUUCAUCAGGAUGAAUCUACCGUUUAUACUGCGGGAAUUGGCCAAGGAUAUAAAGGAACUGUUAUGAAGUGGGAAUUGAGCCGAACUAACUGUCUGUCCGGCUAUUAUGGCCAUGAGGAGGUUGUAAACGAUAUUUGUAUUUUAUCAUCUAGUGGAAGAGUGGCAUCUUGUGACGGAACAAUUCAUAUUUGGGAUAGUCAAACAGGGAAGCAAAUAUCAGUAUUUGCGGAGUCCGAAACGGAAUCUGGCCAUCCCACAAACCACUCAGCAUCUGUGCCAAAAAUUACCAGUGACCAGGCAAAUGUCCUUAAUUUGAAUACUCUGUCAAAUGGGAUGCUGUCUAGUGCUUUUGAUUCAAGCCUUUAUACUUGUAUGCAUCUGUUAGACUCUGCUGAAACACUUGUAGUUGGCACUGGAAAUGGUUCUCUCAGGUUCAUUGAUGUUGCUCGAGGUCAAAAGCUUCAUAUCUGGAGGGGGGAAUCUAAUGAAUCUAGUUUUCAUUCACUUAUUUCUGCUGUAUGUUCCUCUGGUUCUAGCAAGGCGCAGGCAGGUGGAAUUUCCACCUCACCGUCUUUAAUUGCAACUGGACAAAGUUCUGGUCACUGUAAAUUGUUUGAUGCAAAGAGUGGAAAUGUCGUUGCUUCUUGGCGUGCUCAUGAUGGAUAUGUAACAAAGUUGGCAUCACCUGAGGAACAUCUGCUUAUUUCCAGCUCUCUGGACAGAACUUUACGAGUCUGGGACUUGAGAAUGAAUUUGCCAUCACAGCCCAUUAUUUUCAGAGGUCAUUCAGAUGGAAUAUCCAGUUUCUCCAUUUGGGGCCAAGAUGUUAUUUCAAUUUCCCGGAAUAGGAUUGGGCUUCUUUCCUUGUCUAAAUCUGCCAUUGAAACGGAUGGGCAGCAUCAGAUUAUCCCCCAGAAACUCUAUGUUUCUUCAGAUAACGGAAUGAGAAGCUUGUCAGCGUUAUCAAGUAUCAGUAUACUUCCUUUCUCUCGAUUGUUUCUUAUUGGAACAGAAGAUGGUUAUUUGAGAAUUUGUUGUUAAAUAUGCCAUGUUGUUCUCAUUAAUGUUAUUUUGGAAGAUGGUAAAUCAGUUGUGCAUAUGAUGAAUUAAUUGUGAAUCAACAGCCCCCGUUAUCCCCACUCCUUCGGGUUUCAAACUCAAGUCUUCAUUCUUGAACUUCAUGAAAUCAUGUUAUGUUAUAUUGUAGGGGUAAAGUCAUACAUUAUUUAAAUUGUAUGAUUCAUAUUAGAGUUAUAUUAAAUCAAGUCCAAUUAAUACUAA